AUGGUUCAGAGCAUCAAUUUUGCUGGGCUGCGAGGUGUAUUCUCGCUGCUGCGUCGGCCCUCCAUGGCCAUGCCCCACUUGGUUGUAGACGAUAUAAACUCGAUUCCCUUUUCCAGUCUAAAACAAGCUGGAUUCAAGGCUAUUGCAUUUGAUAAAGACAAUACUCUUGCUGCACCUUAUGUGAACCAAAUCCAUCCACCUUUGCAGGAUUCAUGGUCGGAUUGUCUAUAUACGUUUGGCUCAGUCAAUGUAGCAAUAGUAUCCAACUCUGCUGGUAGCUCUGACGACAAGGAUUACGUAGAGGCCAGUAAAGUAGAACAGGCUUUUGGUGUACGGGUUCUUCGUCAUGCAGAAAAGAAACCAGCCGGCGGUCAGGAACUAGUCGCUCACUUUAGAUGCCAGCCACACGAGAUUAUAUUCGUUGGAGAUCGCAUUUCUACCGAUAUUUUGUAUGCAACUCGUAUGGGUGCAUAUGCAAUUUUGAUUAACAGGAUAGUCACCGAAAAGAAUGAUAAUUGGAUGGCAAAACAUAUUCGCAAAUUGGAACGUUUAUUGCUCAACACACUUGAAAAAGGUGGAUACAAGCCCAAUCCGCAUAUACUGGUGGAACAACAAAAUGGCUAA